AUGGGACUACGGGAAGCCUCGGAUUGGCUAAUGGAAGCCUCUGGAGAUCCGCAUGCGCAUAAACCAGGAUUCAACGAACGUAUUGCUCUUGUCCAAAUGCUGGCAAUCUUCUUCGUUUGUCUUAUCAUCAAUGAUGCAGUGUAUCAGCGCGUGGCGGGAACGUCGGUAUUGGAAGGAGGAUCGUCGAGAAUCGGGGCGCUGAUCGUACAGUUGGGGGUGUAUAUGAAAUACACUGGAGUUCCUCUCGCUGGAUCCGUUGCGUUUACGGCUUAUUCUCUCGUGAGGGAGGAGGCCAAAGAUAUGGAGAGAGAACCAGUGAAGACAAGCACAGAUUUAGUGAAUCAUGGCGCCGAUUCGUUGUCGCAAUCAUCCUCUUUAGAUCGGGCUCAUACCCUUCUCCUUCGAGAGCAGCAGCUUCCAUUCCACCCACUCUCCAGAGUACGGCACUCCAUGGACCGAUAUGAUGGUAUCUUAGCACUGUUGAAUUUUGGGAGGAGAACGCUACAGAAUGUGAACGAGCUGGCGCUUUCUCUUAGAGAAGGUGUACCGCAUUGGAGAUCUACAGGUACCGCAUUUUGCAUACAUCGUACGAUACCGAGGCGAACAGAAUCAGCCGAGGAAUUAAUAGCUAACGCGGAAGAUUCGUCCAUCGUAAGAUUGAUUCCCGUCUUCGGUGAUGUCGUGCCAACGGGUCCACCAUCCAAUGGAUACGCAUUCAGCGGACUCCACAAGAACGAGGAAAGCUGUUCUGGACUGGCACAGCUCGGCAGAUCAGAGUCGGCUGCCUGGGCUUGGCAGUGGAAUGUGCAGGCCGUUACCCCCAUUUGA